AUGGCAUCUUCCAUACUUCACAACAGCUCGCUCGCACCAAGUAGUGCCAAUACCUUCCACAUCGUACGUCGGUUCGUGACUGCUGUCUCAACUUAUUCUCAUGCCGAAACCACGCCAUCUCUGCGCCCCUAUCUAGUGCGGCGAACCCCCUCGAAGCAACUUCCCAUUUACCAUGUCACCAAGAACGGGGGGAACAAAAAGCUCACAAAGAUUGGCAAAGUCGAGGGCGAUACGGCCGCUCUGACAACAGAACUACGAACUGUAUUGGCCUUGGACGAAAAAGAAUGCAGGAUAAAUCCCCUAACCGGCCACGUUCUUGUAAAGGGUCACCGAAAAUCAGAAAUCAUAAAGUUCUUGGAGGAGCGUAGGUUUUGA